GGGUAGUAAAGGCUGCGCGCGGCGCGCGCGGGGGUGCGCGAGCGGCGCGGGCGGCGGGCGCGGGGCCCGGCGGGAGCUCCCCCCGCCAUGGUGGCCACCGAGGGGCUGCGCGAGAUGGAGGGCAGCGCGCUGCGGCGGCUCGUGGGCCGCGACGAGGCCGCGCCCGGCGGCGCCGCGCGGUGCCUGGUGCUGGACUGCCGCCCCUUCCUGGCGCACAGCGCCGGGCACAUCCGCGGCGCGCUCAACGUGCGCUGCAACACGAUCGUGCGGCGGCGGGCCAAGGGCGCCGUGAGCCUGGAGCAGAUCCUGCCGGCCGAGGGCGAGGUGCGGGCGCGGCUGCGGGCCGGGCUCUAUGCCGCCGUCGUGGUGUACGACGAGCGCAGCCCGCGCGCGGAGGCCCUGCGCGAGGACAGCACCGUGGCGCUCGUGGUGCGCGCGCUCCGCCGCGACACGGCGCGCGCCGACAUCCGCCUCCUGGCAGGCGGCUAUGAGCGCUUCUCCUCGGAGUACCCUGAAUUCUGUGCAAAAACCAAGUCCCUGAGCAAUGUGUCACCCCCUACCAGCGCUGAGCCCCUGGAUUUGGGCUGCAGUUCCUGUGGGACACCCUUUCAUGACCAGGGUGGGCCUGUGGAAAUCCUUCCCUUCCUCUAUCUUGGCAGCGCCUACCACGCGGCCCGGCGGGACAUGCUUGAUGCACUUGGCAUCACAGCUCUGCUGAACGUCUCCUCAGACUGCCCCAACCACUUCGAGGGGCACUACCAGUACAAGUGUAUCCCUGUGGAGGAUAACCACAAAGCUGACAUCAGCUCCUGGUUCAUGGAGGCAAUUGAGUACAUUGACUCAGUGAAGGAGUGCUGUGGCCGGGUCCUGGUGCACUGCCAGGCUGGCAUCUCCCGCUCAGCCACCAUCUGCUUGGCGUACCUGAUGAUGAAGAAGCGCGUCAAGCUAGAGGAGGCCUUCGAGUUUGUCAAGCAGCGCCGGAGCAUCAUCUCGCCCAAUUUCAGCUUCAUGGGGCAGCUGCUGCAGUUUGAGUCGCAGGUGUUGGCCACUUCCUACGCGGUGGAGGCCGUCAGCCCCUCGGGGACGCUGCGGGAGCGGGGCAAGGCCACCCCCACGCCCACCUCGCAGUUUGUCUUCAGCUUCCCCGUGUCUGUCGCUGUCCAUGCCACCCCCAGCAGCCUCCCCUACCUGCACAGCCCCAUCACCACGUCGCCCAGCUGUUAGCUCAGGGCCCAGGCCGGCCGGGCAGGCAGUGCCAGGCGUGCAGGGGGCGUGGAGCCCUGUGAUGUUAAGCAAUAGUGCCGGACACUGCCAUUCACCCUGGACUCGACAUCUUUUUUGUAGAGAAAUUUCUUACCUCAUCUUGGUUUGUUUGCUUUUUGUUAUGUUUUGAAAGCACGAAGUUGUAAAAGCCACAAACCUUGACACUGUCCAGGCUCUUUGGGGGAGGAAAAAAAAUAGUAUGCUGGGUUUCCUCAAGUGCCUGGUCUCCAUGUGUUUCCACCCCUAUUUUACUAUCUUGUUUUUUCACACUUCCCCUUCUCCCCAUGUUUCUGCCCUCAGCUCACCUAGGCUGACAAGGUUUCAUUGUGCAGCAGCCUUCUCCCUUGCAGAGAGACCUGUGAGUGUGUGGUGGAUGCUGCUUACCUGAGCCAGACAGAAGCAGAGCUGCAGGCAGGGCCUUGGGGCGGGCAGGAGUGGUGGCACAGGGCUGGCUGCCUGCACUCAACCUCAGCCCUGCCAGCAGCUGGGGCUGAUGUACAUAUGUAUGGUUUUGUUUCGUUUUUGUUUUUUUUUUCUAGAAAUUAACUUUUUAUUUAUUGCCUGAGGGAGGGAGAACAUUGUUUGGAGAAAAUAAAAAUAAAACCGUUUUCAACAAUUUGGCUGGAGCAAAUUUGUCCUAAGACCAAGACAAAACAGCAGGUUGUGCACAAAUGCCAUUUUCACAGAGCAACUGUUAAAAAUGUAUUUAUUGACUUUUAAACUAUUACAAGUAUUGCAGAUCAGACAUUUAGCCAAGCACAUUUAUAGAUCAAACUCAGUUGUUACAGAGAUGUUACCUAAAGUCCACCGUGUAGGUAGGCUGAGAAACUGCCCAUUGUCUUCAAGAGAGAAGGUAACAGAAGAAAUAAAUAAAUGAUAUCCCAGCUCCAUGUAAUUGGCAACCCAGAGAAGACACAUACAGGGCUAGUUAUGAAAACAAGUUACACAAAAAAAGGUCUAGAAAUUCAGCUCCCAGCUACAUUGCAUCUGGGUUGCCAGAGAAAGCAAUUAGGAACAACAAAGCACAAGCUCAUGGGACUGCAGCACAGAAAAUCCCCAUCUCAAUUUCUAAAGCUGAAGCAAGUUCUGCAGAUGUUAAGAAAGUGUCAAAAUCAUUUGUAAUAGCAAAUUCUAAUAAUCUACAUUAGCAAUUAAUGGGACCAGCACUAAAACUUGCCACCAACAGGUUCAGCAAGAUGGAUACAUCAAAUCCAGUCAGGUAAUGUGAUUUGACAGGCGUAUGUGUCAGUGUAAUGGAAAUGUAUCUACUUCCUAUGUCCCCUAUUCCCAAGCUCAUUCACCUUGCUUCAGAGAUUUUAACACAUACAGUGUUCCCCAAUCCCCUGGGUUUCACAUCUACUCUGUUCAGAGAGGUGGGAACACUGCCACUCCAUCUCUGCACGUCUGUCCUGCCACUCUCGGAAAGACCAGGAGAACAUGCUUUGGACUGUGCCAAGCCAGCACCUCUGAUCACCAAGGGGUUCAAGCUGUGGAGGUUCACAAGCCACUUGGUACAUGAGGCAAGAACCAAAUAGGUGCUUUCCCAGGUCUUCCCAAUCCAGGCUGCAGCACAGCUUACAAUGCUGCACAAAUAGCUCAACAUAACUGAAGCAUGCAAAUCCAAACCACGGAAACAGAGAAAUCCCACUGAAAAUAAAUUCACACAUUUCCUGACAUUCAGCUUCUGAGAAUGAUUAGCAAUGUUCAAACUAAUCUGUUGUGUGGCUGGACCCUUCCUUUUACCCAUAUUGAAGAACUGAUGUCAUUGUAGGGCUGCAGGAGGCUUUUUUGAGAUUUGCCAUCGACUUAAGUAGCUCUCACAAGCCAUGCAGUGGCACAUAUUUGCAUCCCUCAGCGCCCCGCACAUUCACAGGGAGCAGACACCUCUCCAAACAUACAACAAACAGUAGGAACAGUUGGUUUCCAGAGCCGAGAAAGUGCCCUUCUCCAGGAGCUACUCUCUCCCAUAUACGAUAUGUCUUUUCUGUGUCUGCUGCCCACCAAAGCCAACAAUGCAGAACAUUUUGCAGGGUUUUUCUCUUUGCUUCAGCAUAGAAUUUUCUUCUGUGGUAUCCCCAUAACAAGCAAAGUUUAAGUUUGCAGGCAAAAUAAAUUCUUGCUACAUAAUGCAUUGGGAUUCAAUUGCAUCACAUGCAAACACUCAAAACAGGUUAGAAAACCAAUAGUGACUGCAACAUGGUAGAACUAGUGUAAGAAGUUUGUAACAGUCUCUGUGGAGCUGGGAUGAAACAUAACUGGUAGAUAAAAAUAAGAAUGAGAAAAUAAAAUAUACCUUAUUAAGGUACUGUACUGUCUGCUUUUAAUCCUAACAAAAAUUUUGUUGACAGCAAUCAGACUGCAGUGUCACUGCACCAGGUAUCUAAGUCAUCAGUCUCAUGGAAACAGUUUCAGCGAUGGAGAGCAGAACCCUCCCUCCCUUGUUAGAUGGUGACUUUUCUUUCUCUUUUGCUUACUAAGGUCCUGUCACAAAACUACAAAGAAGUUUCAAAGGGACACUGACAAAAAUCAACAGGCCUGCGAGACACAUUGUGCCUUGUGCCAGCAGACACCAAGUUUCUGCCCCUGGUUUCUGAAGCCUCUGAGGGCCUAGCCCAGUGUUUUUACGUCCUCAGCUCCUACUGUGCCUCCACCGGUGAUCCAAUGCUGCAAAUGAGCAUCCUAGUAUGCAGGGGACUGCUCUUCUCGGGAGGUCAAAAACUUCAUUCCUCAGGAGGCAGCAACGGCCUGGUUAAGGGGUCAUGGCAUUUUUAAGAUUUCAUUGUCGUUAACUCCUCCAGCUAAAGCAGCACCUCUGUACUGUUAACAGCCUGCCAAAUGCAGCUCUACUACCACAACGACCGGGCUUUUCCCAGGUAACUUGAUAUUGAUGGGCAAAUCCUCACUUUGUUUUGAACUGUAAGAGGAGCUAUGACAACAUACGCUACUCCUGCACAGGUGUCUACAACACACAGAUGCAUCAUCAGGCCUGGGUAUUCCUCUGUGUCUGGCCACAAACGGAUAUGAGAUCACGUCAUCACGAGACAAAAACCACUGCAAAAUGAUUUCCUCACACAGCACCUUUACUCUGCACAGAACACCAAGACAUUAACAUUGGCAGUUCAAAGAUACUGGAAAGUAGAAUCACAGAAUAUGCUGAGUUGGAAGGGACCUGUCACAAUCUUUGCGUCCAACUCCUGGCUCUGCACAGACCAGCCCCAGGAGUCACACCCUGUGCCUGAGAGCAUUGUCCAAAUGCUUCUUGAACUCUGUCAGGACUGGUGCUGUGACGAUUUCCCUGGGGAGCCUGUGCCAGUGCCCAAUCUCUGGGUGAAAAUCCUUUCUCCUAAUAUACAACCUAAAUCUCGCUUGACUCAGCUUCAUGCUGUUUCCACCAGUCUUGUUACUGGUCAUGGGAGUGAAGAUAUUGGUACCUGCCUCUCCACUUCCUCUCAUGAGGAUGUUGAAGACCCUAACGAGGUCUCAGUCUCCUCCAGGCUAUUUUUAUCCUCUAGAAGUUUCAGGCUGCAAAAGGAAUCCAGACUAGCCCUUAGUUCAACCAGCACACAGGAAACAACAAGCAAGAACAGCA